AUGGGGGCAAAACGACCGCAUGAAGGAGACGCAAAGUCUUUUGUGAAGAAGCAAAAGAGUCGCUUCGCUAUCGGUCCUGCAAAUUUGCCGGAUGGCACCCAUAGACGGAAAAUCGAAAAGAUCAAGAAAGGUCUCAUCAGCAAGGCGAAGCUGAAGAAGCAGUACGCAAAGCUCAAGGCUCGCGAAGAAAACGAAGAGACGACGCCGCGCAAGUCCGUUUACGACCGCGAAUCUGUCCACGACAAUGAAGACGAGGACGAGAAUGAGAACAAGGAGUCUACCGAGCCUGUCCCAGAGCCCACUUUGGAGCCACAUCCUGAUCGCGUUGCCAUGUUAGAAGAGAAGUCGCCCGAACCAGAGCCCAGGCAGAACUUUGAGAGACGGCAACGGCGGCCACGACCACAGCCGUUCUUGAAAGAGACUGAGGUGGCACAAAAGAAGAGGGAAGAGAUUGAGGCGCGACAAAAAGCGAGGGAAGAAGCGGACAAGGAGCGCGCGAAGAAGAUCGCUGAGCGCGAGCGCUUCAGGAAAACCAUGGCUAAAGCGAGGGGUCCAAAUGGACAGAGGAAACUGGGCCGAGAGAGCACAGUCCUGCUUGCCAAAGCGCAGAGGCUCAUGGGCAAGACGUGA